AUGUACCUGGAGGGUUCCUGUGUCUCUCGCUCCGCGGGGCCGUGCGGGGCUGUCCCUGCCGGGGGACGCGGCUGGGGAGAGCAACUGCUCAUCGGCCUCGACGGGAAACUGCUGCGGCCCAACGAGAGCGUUCCACCCGUGGGAGCCUCCAGAGCCUGCUCAUCGUGUGUGAGGACAGCUGAUGUCAAGGAGGUGUGUGCACAGUGUGACCGCUUUGUCUGCCAGAGCUGCCGCAGGCUCUGCAGCGGCUGCAGCACAGUCACCUGCUCCUUGUGCUCCACGGCAGAUUAUGGUGAUGUGGGAGAACAAGUUCUCUGCAAUGGCUGCUCAAUAUUUCAAGUCUGAAACUUGAGGAAAUAACCUUUGUGGCUAAAAUGGCCAUGAAUUUCAUGAAGUCUUCUCCUUCCAGCUGGUCAAUUUAUCCUUUUAGCAUGUGAAUGAAUUAUGGAAUUUCUAUGUUUUAUAUCUUUAUAUUGUACUUUUAAAUAUUGUAGCUAAAUAAACAUUUAUAUUU